AUGUCAAUUUUUGUCUGGAAUUGUCAAGGCGCUGCCGCCAACAAAUUUCACAGUGUGCUGAAGUCUUUUAUCAGAGACCACCGACCCCACGUAGUAGCUCUCGUUGAACCCAGAAUUUCUGGAAUCACUGCUGAUAAAGUAAUUAGGAAAAUCGGUUAUGCCUACUCUCAUCGUGUUGAGGCCAAUGGUUUUUCUGGUGGAAUAUGGCUUCUAUGGACUGAUGCUGUCGAAGUCGAAGUCAUCACAAACCACAGUCAAUUCAUUCACUCAAAGAUCACGCUAAAAUCUGAUUUGCAAAGCUUCUUCUUCACCGCGGUUUAUGCCCACCCGAACAGCCAAAUCCGCCAAAGGGUAUGGUUUGAUCUCACCAGGACCUCUUACUUCAACUCCGCUCCUCUUCUCCUGGCUGGUGAUUUUAAUGCUACCCUUAGCUCUACUGAACGCCGUGGUGGCUCAGAAAAAAGGAGGAAGGGCUGCCCUCAUUUCCAGGCCUUUUGCAACAACAAUAAUCUAGUGGACUUGGGCUACUCUGGACCCCAUUUUACCUGGCGACGAGGACUCACUUUCGCACGUCUGGACCGAGCCCUCUCCAACACAGCCUGGAUUCACACCUUCCCCAACUCGAAGAUCCUGCACUUGGCCCAAAUUAAUUCUGACCACAGACCCCUCCUCAUUGAACUUGGGACGUCUCAUCGGUCAGGUAAUUCCACCAAACCUUUUCGUUUUUUGGCUGCUUGGGCUAACAAUGACUCCUUUCCACAACUAGUCAAAGAUAAUUGGUCGAACGAAAUCAGUCUCAAAGAAAAUAUUAAUCAAUUCACACAAGCAGCCUCGCUUUGGAACAACGAAGUCUUUGGUCUCAUUGGCAAACAGAAACACCAGCUCCAGAAACGUAUUAUGAGAAUCCAGCGGGAUCUUGAAAGAUCGCCUACAUCGCCUCACUUGAUCGAUCUAGAAGAGUCUCUUCGCCUUGAGUUUGAAACCACAUGUUUAAAUGAAGAGCUCCUUUGGGCCCAGAAAUCCCGCAGCGAUUGGAUUUGCCUAGGUGACAGGAACACCUCCUACUAUCAAAUGAAAGCCCGAAUCAGAAGAAGAAGAAACCGCAUCUCCUCCUUGAGAAAUGAUGAGGGAGAUUGGAUUUCAGAUGAGCAAACGCUAAUAUCCAUGACCAAGUAG